AAAUGUGUCAUUUUAAUCAGGCAGUUGACCAAACAGCUGCGGUAGAGAGCGAGAAGGCAGCAGGAGGACAGGCACAGAGCAGAGGAGGAGGUGUUAGCGCAGGUGGAGGACAUCUGACUAAAUGCGGGUUAUGUCUGGAUUAAUAUUUAGCCUGAGGACAAGCAGCUCAUGGCCCUGCAGCCGUGUGACCCGGCUGAGCAGCCUGAGGCUCUCCAGGAACAGCUCGUCCAAAAUGUCGUCAGGAUCCCACUGGCUCUCCCCUGCAGACCGGGAGCAGCUGCUGAUGGAGCUCCGGGCCUCAGGCUGGAUGGACGUGGAGGACCGCGAUGCCAUCUUCAAAGAACUUCACUUUAAAUCCUUCAAUCAGGCGUUUGGCUUCAUGUCCCGGGUGGCUCUGGAGGCAGAGAAGAUGAACCAUCACCCAGAGUGGUUCAAUAUUUAUAAUAAGGUUCAGAUUACACUGACGACACACGACUGUGGAGGGCUGUCGAAGCGAGACAUUGAAAUGGCCAAAUUUAUUGACAAAGUUGCACUUUCCAUGUGAUGUUUUUAUCUUUAGUCUGAGGUUAAAUUCUGCUCCAUCACAGCUUUUCACGUCAAUGUUCUUCUGCAAAGAAUGAUUCCUCACUAAAGAAAUGCGUUCUGACUUCCACAUGUCAGCUUUUUGGAAAUAAAAUCACUGAAAAUUGAUAUCAGUUUGUGUACAGCAUGUUUUCUACAAACUUUCUGUAAAGAAUAAAGCUUUUGUGAAA